AUGUGGGGUAGGAGGGCCGAGGCUCUCCUCCGGGUGUGGGGGUUGUGGCCAACAUGGGUCCCCGGGAGAAGACCAGUAGGCUGCAAUGCUGCGUCGCAAGCCCGAAGUAACUCCCCUCGGUGUUGGAACUGCGGAGGAGAUUCUGGGGGCCCGGUGCAGGGGGACGUGUUCUUCUGCCCUCAGUGCCGCGCGUUGCAGCCACCCGACCCCACUCGAGAUUACUUCAGCAUCAUGGAUUGCAAUCGAUCCUUCAGAGUUGACACCAUGAAGCUCCAGCAUCGGUACCAGCAACUACAGCGUCUUGUGCAUCCUGAUUUCUUCGGACAGAGGUCUCAGACUGAAAAGGACUUCUCAGAGAAGCACUCGACCCUCGUGAAUGAUGCCUAUAAGACCCUUUUGGCACCUCUAAGCAGGGGACUAUACCUUCUAAAGCUCCGUGGAAUAGAGAUUUCCGAAGGGACAGAUUAUGAAAUGGACAAGCAAUUCCUCAUGGAAAUAAUGGAAAUCAAUGAAAAACUCGCAGAAGCUCAGAGUGAAGCUGCCAUGAAUGAGAUUGAAUCCAUUGUUGCAGUCAAACAGAAAGAAUGCAUUGACAACGCAAGCAGAGCCUUUGAACAAGAUGACUUUGAAAAAGCCAAGGGAAUUUUAACAAAAAUGAGAUACUUUUCGAAUAUAGAAGAAAAGGUCAAGUUAAAGAAGAUUCCAUUAUAA